AUUUGUCACAUAGCUUUGUCACCUCCUCACUCUUUUUAAGCUAUGGGUGAGUCUCAUGGCAUCUCCAUCACUCCCUAAGCUCCUCUCUUUUAGUGUCUUUAGUUCAAAGGCUCGCAGCUAUGAGCGAAAAGAAACCUUAUUUUGUAGCCGUCUUCAUACAAUUGGCAUACACUGGCUACUUCAUGACAUCAAAAGCUGCCUUCGACAAAGGAAUGAGCACAUUCGUCUUCAUCUUCUACAGGCAUAUUGCUGCUUCUCUGCUACUUGCAUCACUUGCUGUCAUUUUCCAGAGAAAGAGUUCUACUCCUCUGACGUUCACAAUAUCCCUGAAAUUGUUCCUGCAUGCAAUAAUUGGGAUUCCUUUGAGCUUAAAUCUGUAUAACACGGGCUUGAAGUAUACUUCGGCUUCAGUUGCUUCAGCAAUUGCAAAUUGCAGUCCAGUGUUCACCUUCUCCAUUGCAGUGCUCUUUCGGAGAGAGAUUUUUAGGACCAAGAGGCUCUCAGGAAUCAGCAAGGUUCUUGGAAUAACACUCUGUUUGAUUGGGGUUUUGAUCGUGGCUCUCUACAAAGGUCCUCACUGGAGCCUCCAUCACCACCUCUUCGGCCACAACCAAAGACACAGAAACCAGGAGCCUGUCCUCCCUGAUAAACGUUGGAUCGAAGGCACCCUCUUAAUGAUCACUUCCGCCAUGGCCACAUCUCUGUGGCUAGUUCUACAGGGAUUUCUGUUGAAGGAGUACCCCCCAAAGCUUCUCUUCACAACAAUUGAGUGCCUCUUUGGCACAUUGCAGUCACUGGUUGUUGCGUUGGUGUUUGAGAGAGAUAGUUCCAAGUGGAAACUGCACUUAGAUAUGGGCUUCCUAGCCAUCUUGUACUGUUGCAUUGCAGGGAUUUAUUGUCACAGGAGUCGCCUUCUACUUACAAACUUGGUGUCUAGAGAAGAAGGGACCCGUUUUCUUGUCCAUCUUCACACCUCUCAGUCUCGUUUUCACUUUGAUCAUUUCAACUUUGGCAGGAGAGGUGGUUCAUUUAGGAAGUAUAUUAGGUGCAAUUCUAAUGGCUGGAGGCCUGUAUGGUGUGCUAUGGGGAAAGAGUAUGGAAAGCUUACCUGGUGAGGUCACAAUUGAAGAUGGAAAAUCAUGCAGGCAAGAGAAGGAAGCAACAUGAAUGUACUCGAACAACCUACUGCUUGUUUCUUUGGGAGCUUGAGAGAGAGCUUCCAAGGGAUUCCUUUUCACCAAAAACAUAGGAACUUGUGAUGAGACAUUAAGAUUGUCCCAGUGGUAUUUGAUGAUGAAAUCCAUUUGGAGAAAAGUAGUAUAUGGAACCAAAAAUAACUGA